AUGGGAAUUAAAAACCUAACAUCAUUAAUUGAGGAGAAUGCACCCUCUGCAAUUAAAUCUAAUGAUCUAAAGAGUUACUCUGGUAGAAUCGUAGCAAUCGAUGCUUCCACCAGUAUGUAUCAAUUCCUUAUUGCAAUUAAUACAGAAAUGGGUGCUGCUCUUAUGAAUGCAAAUGGUGAAACUACAAGUCAUCUUCAAGGUAUGUUUUAUAGAACAAUCAAAUUGAUGACACGUGGAAUCAAACCAAUCUAUGUAUUCGAUGGUAAAGCACCGGUUUUAAAGAGUGGUGAGUUGGCUAAAAGAUAUGCAAGAAGAAAGGAAGCAGAACAACAGUUGGAAGAGGCAAACGAAGUUGGUAAUUCAGAGGACGUUCAAAAGUUUCAAAAGAGAACUAUCUCUGCUUCGAGAAAACAAAAUGAAGAGUGUAAGAAGUUGUUAGAGUUGAUGGGUGUCCCCAUUGUACAGGCACCAUGCGAGGCGGAAGCACAGUGUGCCGAGCUAUGUAAGGGAGGCAAAGCAUGGGCAACCGGCUCUGAGGAUAUGGAUUCUCUCACACUCGGAACAACAAUACUGUUGCGUCGUCUUACGUUCUCCGAAGCCAGAAAACUGCCAAUCAUGGAGAUCGAACUGGAGAAGGUGCUCGAUGGUUUGGAUUUGACACACGAUCAAUUCGUUGAUCUCUGUAUAUUGUUGGGUUGCGACUAUUGCGAUACCAUCAAAGGAAUCGGUCCCAAGAAGAGUUUCGACAUGAUAACCAAACACAAGAACAUUCAAACCGUCAUCCAAAAUAUAGAUCGCACAAAAAACCCAAUUCCAGAAUCUUUUCCAUACGAAGAGGUUCGUGAACUUUUCAAGAAUCCAGAUGUAAUUAAAUGUCAAGAUUUACCAGAGAUCGUUUGGAAAGAACCAGAUGUUGAUGGUUUAAUUAAAUAUUUGGUUGGAGAGAUGGGUUUCAAUGAAACAAGAGUUCAACAGGGAAUUGAGAAAUUAAAGAAAUAUAAAGAUACAGGUGUACAAACAAGAAUCGAUACAUUUUUUCCGAUGAUAAAGAGACCAAGGGAUGAAGAUGCUGGUUCUGCCAAGAAGAAGCAAAAAACAGUUGCAAAACCUGGAGCCGCUGGUUCCAAAAAGAAACCUGCUGCCAAGAAAGCUGCUGGUAAAAAAUAA